AUGGGCUCAAUUGAAGAAGAAGAUCCCGUCGUCGCCUCCUACGAUGUAUUCCUCACCGAUUCCGAAAUCUCUCGUUACGUUUUCCAGUAUAUCGACAGACCCCAAGACCUCCCCUACAAUGCGCGCCAGGAGCAAAAGCCCCUAGAGCUUCGAAUGAAACCCAGCACGGGAUUGGUCGAGAUCGAUGUUCCAAUUAUGACUGGUGCGACCUAUACCCAGGAGAAAGGUCUGAAAUAUGGUGAAGCUAUGAGGAAAAGUCGCUCCGCCCGUGACGGAGGUUCAUUUGGUGUUGCCGGUGGUUUCAGUGGCGGAGCCAUGGCCUCUAGCGGUGCCAUCAGAGUCAAGACCGAGGGUCCCAGCGAGGUGGAGGUUUUCGAUAAGAAGAGGAUGGUGGAUGCGAGUUCCUUGGUUACGACACAGGCCAUUGGUGGGCGCAUCAAGCCCGCAGAGGAAGGAGACCCUGUCCAUAUGCUCGGAACAUUUAAAGGAAAAAACCUGCACCUCUCCCCCGUUACAGCUGUGGUGCAAUUACAACCUCAAGUCCAUCACUUGGAUGCCAUGGACGAACUCCCCAAGGGACGUGGUGGCAAGAGCAAGAAGGAGGAUGAAGAAAGGACAGAGCCCGAAGCUCGCGCGAUUGAUGUUAAGGUCAAGGGCGCAGAAGAAGGCGGCGCUAUGCUUGCUGGAAACCUCGAACUUCUCAAGAGAAUGCAAGAAGAGAAAUGGAAGAAAUUCGACUGGAUUGAUGCUGAGACCGAAGAAUCUUGGUACACCUAUGAGAACUUUAUGAUGAAUCAGAACCCAGAAGAACUUCCUCAGCUCGAAGCGAACAUCAACAGCGAGACAUAUCUCGAUGGCAUGAGUGCUCCCCGGAUUGACCCGGCCCAUCCAGAGCUGACAGGGUGGGCUAUGAAGCAAAACCGAGAAAAGCAAAGAGACGGAGUUUCAGAAAGCGAGGAUGAAGAUAAUUGA